UGUUGGUAAAUUUGCACAAUCUGUCAAAAAAGAGUUUGCAUUUUUUGGGCUCUGCAGAAAUUUUCGAUUUUUCUGUGAAAACCCUAACAAAAUUCAGCCGGAAUGGCCGCGUUCAACCUGGCCAAGUUUCCGGACGUGUGCCGGGUGUGCAUGAAGCCGGAAUCGAAGCAGUUGAUGCUGCGGCUGGACGGGACAACCCGCCGGAGAGGUGGCGGCGGUGGAGACAGUCUGGAAAAGUUCCUGGACGAAAUUACCUUUCGCGUUUCGGAGCACAAAAUCGGCUGUUUGCCAAAAAUGAUUUGCACCGGAUGCUCCGAGGAGCUUCAACGGUUUGCCACCCUCCGGCGGAGGCUGGUGUUGACUCUGCAGUUCAUGGAGGCACUGAUUGAUCUGAAGAGCGACUCCAACUCGGAACCUCUGUCGAAGCUGUUCAAAAGCAACCAGCGCGAGCUGGAUGCACUUUUCAAGGAGCUAUCCCUCUGCAACAAGGAGGAAGCUCUGGUGGAUGAUUUGCUGGAGGAGUUUGCAUCGUACGAAUUUGCCACGAUGCCGCUGGAGUUCACCAUCAAGGAGGAGGAUCCGGUUGAGAUGGAUUUUGGCGGCGACGAUGACGAUGAUUUUCGGCAAGCCAACGAUAAUGGGAGCGACGACAGCUCGUCUGAGGACAUCAAACCGGAGAUGGUUCUCGUGGCAUCCGAUCAGGACUCGGACAGCAGUAGUAGCAGUAGCAGCAGCAGCAGCAGCUCCGAUGCGCCGCAAAAGAAAAGACCCUACCGUAAAGGCCAAAACUUCAAGAAGAAAACCGAAGCGACCGGGCAGCGGCGAGGCCGGGGUCGCCCUCGUCUCUACAACAACGGGACGUUCCUCGACGAGCCGUGGUCGUGCGACAAGUGCAAAUUCACCACCAAGUAUCGGAACGCCGUGGAGCGGCACAAAAACGUGCAUCUCAAGCGCGAGAAUAAGAUCUUUCCCUGCACAGACUGCAGGGAAGUGUUCAAAACGUACGAUGAGAUGCGCAACCACAGCUUGACCCAUCCGGAGAACCAGGUUGUCUGCGAAGUGUGUGGGAUUGCGCUGAAAAACAGCUACUCGCUGAAGGCGCACAUGGAACGGCACGAGGAUGGCCGGAAGUACUCUUGCGAAUACUGUGACUAUACUGCCCAGACGAGCUUGAGUUUGAAGGCUCACAUGCAGGCCCACAUCCGGGACAACUGGAACAAACGGUGCGAGGUGUGCGGAGUCGUGUUUAGGACAACGAGCCGCCUCAAACGCCACAUGGAAAGCCACGACAACGAGCGGAAGUACGCCUGCGAUCAAUGUCCGGCACGGUUCAACACGUCAAACGCACUGCGUAAUCACCGAACGCGCGUACAUCUGGCCAUCCGACACGCGUGCGAGCACUGCGACAAGACGUACGACCAGAAAAUCGCUCUGCGUGACCACGUUGAACGAGUUCACCAUAUCCAAUGCACCUUCAUCUGCGACGUGUGCGUGCAAACCUUCGACAGCCAGCAAAAGCUGGACGUGCACCGAACCCGCCACGCCAACCCCAAACCCCUCGAGUGCAGCAUCUGUCUUGCACUGCACACAACCCAGGAGGACUUCGAUAACCACCAGUGCAUCACCUACCAGGAGCACUACUUCUGCUGCGGAAAAGAUCUUCGCAACCACCUGCAGUACAACAAGCACAUGAUGGUCAAGCACAACCUCAAGACGAACGCACGCGUCAAGCCCGUCCCCGGAAUCCUGCUCUCGGAACUCCGCGGCGCCCGGAAGCGACUCGAGCAGUGCCGCAAGUGUGACAUCGCCUUUCCGACGCGGGCGCUGAAGCUGCAGCAUUUGGCCAUCUGCAGCCAGCAGGACGGCGCCGGAAAAGGUACCGCUGCCCGAUCCGGUGCCGGUGAAUGUUCCUGUGCCACCGGUGCCGGUGAUAUUGCCGCCGGUAGUGCAAGGGGGGCAGAUGCAUCAGCAACAGCAGCAUAUUCAACCGCAUCCGGGGAUGAUGAUGGACAUGGAUGGAAGUGUUGGCGGAGUGAGUACGGCGGGGGGAUAUUAAAACUUACUUUAAGAAAUAUUACUCUAUGAUUAACUGUCGUGUAGUGGA